AAUAAUGGCUUCCAAGCUUUUCCAUCUCUUAACAAUUCCCUUUUUCCUUAUCCUUCCCUUCUUUGCCUCUCUAUCUUACGCCGCCGACAGCAACUCAACCGGCGCUGUCUCACCGGCAACCAUUUGCAUUUCCACCCCAUAUCCUUCCUACUGCAAGUCUGUGCUCCCUAACCGAAACGCCAACGUCCAUGACUACGGCCGAUUUUCAUUCCGGAAGUCAUUGUCGCAAUCCAGCAGAUUCCUGAACCUGGUGGACGGAUAUCUUCAACGCCGGUCCUCUUUUCCGGCGGCCACGAUUCGUGCUCUUGAGGAUUGCCGGUUUCUGACCGGACUAAACAUCGAUUUCUUGUCAAACUCCGUUGUAAAUGUCGAUAAAACUAACGGAACUCUUCCCGACUCUGAAGCUGACGACGUCAAAACCAUGCUUAGCGCCAUUCUAACAAACCAGCAAACUUGCUUAGAUGGCCUGCGAGAAACGGCGGGUUCUGAUUCAAGCGUGACAAAUGAACUUUCAGGUCCUCUCUCUAAUGACACAAAGCUGCAUAGUGUCUCUCUAGCCCUCUUUACAAAGGGUUGGGUGCCAAGAAAAAGAACAUGGAAGCCCAGGAAACAUGUCACUUUCCGACACGGACGGUUGCCGUUUAGAAUGUCUAACCGGACACGCGCCAUUUUCGAGUCUCUGGGCAGGAGAAAGCUUCUCCAGACGGUUGACGAGAUUAUUGUAAGCGACAUAGUGAGCGUGAACAAAGAUGGAAGCGGAAACUUCACCACCAUCAAUGACGCCAUUAAUGCAGCUCCGAACAACAGCGUAUCUACCAACGGCUACUUCUUGAUCUACGUCACGGCGGGUGUUUACGAAGAGUAUGUUUCCAUUGCGAAGAAUAAGAAGUACUUGUUCAUGGUUGGAGAUGGUAUCAACCAGACGAUUAUCACCGGCAACCGGAGCGUUGUUGAUGGGUCGACAACCUUCAAUUCUGCAACGUUUGCUGUAGUUGCACCAGGUUUUGUGGCCGCCGACAUAACUUUCCGCAACACCGCCGGAGCAAUCAAGCACCAGGCAGUCGCAGUUCGAAACGGGGCUGAUUUGUCAACAUUUUACAGCUGCAGCUUUGAAGCUUACCAAGACACCUUAUACACACAUUCUCUCAGGCAAUUCUACAGAGAGUGUGACAUAUACGGCACAGUUGAUUUCAUUUUCGGCAAUGCCGCCGUGGUUCUCCAGAACUGCAACAUUUAUCCCCGUCUGCCGAUGGCCGGACAAUUCAAUCCGAUCACCGCGCAAGGCCGAACCGACCCGAAUGAAAACACGGGUAUUUCCAUUCAUAAUUGCACUAUUAGAGCGGCCGACGAUUUGGCUUCAAGCAAUACAAGUGUUAAGACAUAUCUGGGGAGGCCAUGGAAGGAGUAUUCUAGGACUGUUUACAUGCAAAGUUUCAUGGGUAGUUUGAUAAAUGCUGCUGGUUGGCGUGAAUGGGAUGGAGAUUUUGCCCUGAGCACAUUGUAUUAUGCUGAGUAUAAUAACACGGGACCCGGAUCCAACACGACGAACAGAGUGACGUGGCCGGGUUAUCAUGUGAUUAACGCCACCGCGGAUGCUGCCGUCUUCACGGUGUCUAAUUUCUUGCUCGGGGAUGAUUGGCUGCCUCAGACGGGAGUGCCUUACACUGGUGGCCUAAUAUGAUGAUGAGCUGGCUAUUUGGGCGCAGAGUCAUCUCAGAUUCAAAAACGAUAUUGGAAUAAAGAAGUUUAAAUUCGAAUUUGUUUUCAUGUAAAAUGUUUUGUACGUAUGGGAAAUUCUUAAUGCUCGUUAAUUUUUGCACUUGCUUGCCUAGCU